CAGUCAGCUGCAACAUUUCAUGUGGGAUGAACUUAACUCUGUCCAAUGUCAGCUUCGAAAGAGCAGAUAAAUGAUCUGUUUUUUUCUUUAUUUCUUAACAUUUCAUUAAUAAGACUGUCAUGCUGUGGAGAAAGACACUGCAGGAAAAAGAGAAGUGAUUUCCAAACAGCUCAGCUUUGGCCAACUGAAACCAGAGGUGAGUCUUCAUGUACACAGAGGAGAACAGUUCCUGUCGCAGACAAGUAUUGGACUGGACCAUAUCGUCAUUGUCUCUUGGAUUCUCAGAUAUUAUGGAUCAAAAUAGUCCCUUGAGUUCAGGAGCUGAAGAACAACAGUCAGUCCUCAGGCUGCGAGAUGUUGUCAUCACCUCAAUGUCAAAUGCCCGUCGGAAAGCGACUCAGGGCUUUGUUGUGUUCUUUGCCGUUGUGCUGCUCCUCUGCCUUGCAUCCUUUUUAUACGGGAGCUUCUACUUCUCAUACAUGCCCACGGCAGCUUUUUCAACACCGGUACAUUAUUACUACAGGACAGACUGUGAAUCUUCAGCCCCCUUUUUGUGCUCUUAUCCACUGGCCAACAUCUCUCUGAUGAGGAACAGGAAACAUGUGCUGACAUUUGGCCAGGCCUAUCAGAUCUCUCUGCAGCUGGAGAUGCCCGAGUCUCCAGCCAAUCAGGAGCUGGGGAUGUUCAUGAUCAGGGUGACCUGUUUCUCUAAGGAUGGAGGUCAUGUCACGUCCUCUGCUCGCUCUGUGAAACCAGUGUCCAGCGCUCGCUUUAGCAUGCUUCGAUAUCGCUCAGGCCUGCUGAGAACUGUGGGAACGCUGCUGUUCCUCCCGGCCUUCCUCACAGGAGCUAUUGAGCAGAAGCAAGUGCUUGAGGUGGAGCUCUUCUCCGACUACAUGGAUGACCCUUAUGACCCCGCGGCCACUGCCGUCAUAGAGAUCCUGUCCAACAAGGUGCAGAUCUACUCAUCUCAACUCUACGUUCAUGCUCAUUUCACUGGCAUAAGAUACUGGAUGUUCUACUUCCCUGUCACAUCAGCCCUGGUGGGAGUCUCCAGUAACUUCAUCUUCCUCAGCGUCCUCUUCAUUGUCAGCUACAUGAGGCUGCAGAUGAGUGUGAAACCUGAGCAGCUCAGGACAGACGGUCCUGUGUCAGAGAGGGAAAACAACAUGGACAACAACCAGCAGGAGGAUAAUGUUGCUGCGGAUCCUGCAGAGCUGGCGGGUCCCCAUCAGACAACCCCCACAAAUGUGAGCCGGAGGAGGCCCCAUUUGCACUUUGGUGACAGCACAGUGCGGCAGAACAGAGUCAGAUUUGGUCAGGCUGAAACAAACGGAUUAUAGACAGCUCCAGGACAUUAAUCACACACACUUAUGGAGACAGUAACAGCUUGACACAGAUAUAUGAGCUUGACACCUCAUCACUUAAUACAAAUAUCUUAUGAUCAGCUCCUUGCCAUUGCUUAAUGGUCCAGUAUGUAUACAUUUAGGAGGGUUUAUUGCAGAAAAUAAGAAUAAGUCAUGUAUACUGCAUGUACUUUAGGCAAAUGCCUUACUUUAUAGUGGCUAUGUUUUUGAAUUGCCAUGUGUCUACAGGCAAAGCAGCUAGAGUGAGCAGUUUGUAUUUUGAAGUGGUGGCUUUUUCUGCAAAUGAAAAUAAUUACAUCCUUUCUGGUAUUUGAAGGCCACCGUAGUUCCCUGAUGUGCUCACUAUCUUACAAUCUGCACUCUCACCAUUAGAUAUCAUGAACUCUUACACACUGCACCUUUAAGGCACUAUUCAUACACUGGGCAACGAGUGCUUUACAAGGGCAUAGAAAUACAUUGAGAAAAUCAUAGAAUAAAAGCAAGACAUUAAAAUAGUCAUAACAAUCAUGAGAGAUAAAAGUGGUUCGCUCUGACCUGAUGUUUACUCUUAAGAACCAGUAUUAUUCCUGAAAUAAAUUAGCACAUUAAUCAAAACCCACACAUUUUAUUUUUAAGUUCCUAUUUUCAUAUUGACCUUUUUAUUCAUAAGAUCACUUGUCAUCACAGUCUUUGCGAGUCUAAUCAAAUGAGGCAGAGUCGGUUAUGUGACAAGUUGUUGAUCUAAAUUUGGUCUGUUUUCAAGUGAGACACCUUUUCAAGAUAAGUUGUAAAAUGUAAAAGGAAUUUGAUCAAUAAAGUCUUAUUGCUCUGAGAAGCAGGA